UUUCCCUCCCUCCGGAGCAGCGAAAGAGCUUGGCAUCAUCGGACGAAAAAUGGCUUCGAAUCGCGAUCCGAAACCCUCCCAAUCAGAGCCUCCAUCUCCAUCACCGUCGCCGUCGCCGCCGCCGUCGCCGUCUUCUUCUGACGAUUGGAAGGGUCGUGUCUUCCUCCCCGCUCUCCUCGCAGGAAUUGCUGGCGGCGGGUACGGGCUGGUGUCGAAGCACCGGAGAGUUCACGGCGUCGCGAAUAUCUCCGCGACCUAUGCUGCCAAUUUCGCCAUUGUCAUGGGUUGCUAUUGCGGGACCCGCGAGUUUGUAAGAGUGACUCGUAAAUCAGAACCGGAUGAUCUGUUCAACUCUGCCCUUGGUGGCUUUGCUAGCGGUGCUAUCCUUGGGCGGCUCCAAGGUGGGCAAGUCGGAGCCAUCAAGUACUCAGCUUUGUUUGCCAUUGCGGGGACAGCUAUGGACUUUGCUAUUUUGAAAUUGAGACCAAUCUUGAAGGACAUUGACUCGUUGAAACUGCCGGAGUGGUCCCCCAUCCAAAUACUUGAUGAGGAACAGCUUGCCGCAAAGAAAGCUAGGGAACAGCAGCUCUAUUCCCAAACAACGCUUGGUAAACUGAACAAAGAAGAUUCUUGAGGAAAUUGAGGGUUAGUGAUAGCGUAUAGGUAAAAGAUAGAGUGGCUGGAGGGGAGUCUCUUUACCAUGUUACCCAAAUUUUAACUCAGUGGGGAUCUUUGUUGUACCUGCUUUGCGAAUGGUUAUACUUUGGCUCACAUAAAGGCAAUCUCCCAUCUGAUGUUUUGGCAAAA